CAGGAGUAUCAGUUGUAUGGGCAACAUGAAAAUAAUAUUUUUGUUGGAAUUAAAAACAAGUACUUGAAAUCUUGAUUUGUGAAUAUCUGCUUAUGUCAGUAUUUUUGUAGUGAUUUAUUAUAAACAUGUGUUUUCUCCCUAAUUACUGGUAAAGUCAUGGAUGUUAGGCUACAUCCAGUAACACAAAACCACAAAGAAAAUGACAUCAUAAUAAAUUGAAGGAAAAACAAAUUGCUGAUAUCCUGUCGUUAAUGUAUCUAAAGACAGCUUUGAGGAAAGAAAAAUACUUUUAAAUUUAACAAUGAAUUUUCAAGAAAAACUUUAGUAAAAGUUUGCACAUAUUGUUGGACUUACAAUUGUAUUCUUAUUACUACAAAUGGAGUAUUUGCAAUUUGAGUGUAAAAUGUACUUUUUCAACAAAUUUUAUUGAAACAAAAAGGAAACACAUCUGCUUCCUUGAAAUACAAACUUGCAUUUGCAACUGUUCAUCCAGGGAUGGAUUAUGUAUUUAUGUACUAUUACAUAUUUUCAUCAUUUAUACAUAUAUAUGCAUUUUAAAUGAUCUAAAUUUUAUCAGUGAAUAAAGGACAAACAAGGAAUUCUCAAAAGGAGUAAUAGUUCUGUGUUUAUUUUGAGACUUUUUGUGCAUUGUUGAGCAAUGAAUGAUGAGGACAAGAUCCAGUUAGGGGACUAUUGUUUACCCCCUGACAAAAAGGAGGAGACACUUGGUGGAAUAGCCUCCAGUAGGACAACUGAAUAUGCCGAUCCAUAUGAAACAAGACAGAUGUUAGAAGCUUUAAGAAGUAGAGGAGGAGGACCUCGUUUCUCUGCUCCAGUUGAGGAUCUUACUUAUUCUUUAGCUAAACCUCUUGAAGACAACGAUCAUCUAUCCAAAUCACAAAAGGAAAGUUUCCGCCAUACUUAUACUGAAGGAAGUAAACAAGUUUGUACUUCAUUAAGUGGGACAAGUGUAGAUUCGGGAGUUGAGGACCCAGAUGAAUAUGAUCAUACUGUGACGUGGGUCACAAACAGUGGUAAAAACAGAAUGGCGCAGGUAAUACCUAAUCCUACUUCUAUUCAGACAGAAAAACAUAUUAUACAUGAACACAGUGAAAAUGAAGAUCCCAGUUUGCAAACAAAUCCUGAUGUUCAUAAAAAAGAGACUACAGUGUAUGCUGCACCUUAUGAGGAUGCAUGGGACACAACUGAUAGCCAGUUGAAAUUCGACAAGAUUAUGGACAAGGCUAAAAAAGAAUAUCGUAAAAAGUCUCAUUCAGAUGAUUAUGAAGAACCUGUAUCAACUUCAACUUCAAAUUCAACUUCAGCAACUUAUGAAGAAGCUUGGGAUUUAAAACCUAGGGAACAAAAAUUAGAAAGUACAGUACAGGAAGCUCACAGGAGAAUGAGUGAGGGACAGCAAAACUUAGUAAAGCGAAGAGAUACUUAUGAGUACAAGGAACCAUGGGCAGUACUGAAAGGUCAACCUGAACCCAGUUCAAAGGUCAAAAAUGGAAAUCCAGAGAACCCAGUGUAUUCAGAAGCCUAUGAGGAUCCGUGGGAUAUUAAACAGCGUGAAAAAGUAAAAGCUUUAGAAAAACGAUUUAAUAGUGCUGCAAUUUCACCAAAAUCACCAAAAUUACCAAAUAGUCACGAUCAUAUGGAUGUGCCAAGUUUUCCUGCACCCCCACCGCCAAAUAUACAAACAUAUGAAGAAACAUGGGAUAAAAAUCAAUUUGUUAAUCGGACAUCUCAUCAUUCAGGUAAUUCACCAAACCAAAGAAGACAGUCAGAAGGAAUGAGAACAAGUCGGACAGAGAUUGCAGAACGAAUUAACCCUGAUAUUCCAUUAGAUAUACAAAAGUUUUAUCAUGGUAAAAUUGGAAGAAAACAAGCCGAAUCGUUGCUUCUUAUCCAUCGAGAAGGGAGUUACUUGGUACGAAGAAGUGAAACACAAGACAAUGUCUUCUCCUUGUCAUUAAAGGGAGUUGGAGGAAUGCCGAUGCAUUUAAGAAUAAGUUUGGCAAACGGAAUGUAUAUCCUUGGUGAAAACAGUAAACCAUUUCCUACAGUGCCAGAAAUGAUUGAUCAUUAUACACAGUCUGAAUUGCCAGUUCUUAAGGCCGAUCGUAUAAAACUUUUGCAUCCUGUUCCAAGGCAUAGUUGAGAGGUUGGAAAUCAUAGAAAACAUAUACAGACUGUGAUUUGAAUUGUUCACUAUUUAUUUUUGUUUUAUAAUCAUUUAACAUUGCUCAUUCACAGAGUCUGAAUGUGAUAGAAAAUGAAAAUUAUUUCAAUAUUUUUGCAUUUUUUACGUGGUUAUGUUUAAAUAUAAGUAAGAUCAUGUUAUCAUUCAUUUUAAUGUAAAUGUUACAUUUAAUAUAUUUUGAAAAAUAAUUACAAUGUUAUGCAUGGUAACAGUCUAUAAAAACAUGUAUUUCAGCUUCAGCAGUGUACUCAUUUCUAGAAUAACAAUAGGCAUACAACAUAAGUAUUAUGACAAACUCAAGGUCAUUAAAGUUUAUGUGUAGAUGAAUAUUUGUAAAUAAAUAACUAGGUCAACAAAGACUUCUUUCUGGUUGUUAUGUGGUGCUUCUUUUGACGUAAAUUUUGUAGUUAAAAUUAACCAAAGAAACAGUAUUGUUGUUGAGAUUUUUUACUUGUUAUGCCUUGCAUACAUAUUAAAGAUAACAAGCCAAGGACAAAAUCUAGAAAGUUAAAUUGCCCUUUGACCUUAACCUCAAUUUCAAGGUCAUAGUCGAUGUAUUCAUAAUUAAAAGACAUAAAAGCUGUUUCUGUUACACUUUAUACAUUUUUAUUAUGAUGAUUUAAAUCUACAUUUAAAAAGGGUCAAAUUGAGCGGAAAAAAAAUAAUCAAGAUACUAAAGUUUAUGAAAUUGUCACACAAGCCCAAACCAAAGAUUCCUCUGAAAGCCUAUUCUGGGGCUUGCUUGUGGCUGUAAGACCUUGACCCAGCAAAUCCUCAAAAGGCCAUGGCAGAUGUGAGAGCAAUCGAAUCCCUCUCUCUAAAAAAGUUAUAGAUAUAUAUUUUGAUAACUAUUAAUUUUGAAGAUAUUCAAAGGCUAUUUUUAUGAAAACAUGCUGUCAUUAACAGAACCCAUUUUUAAGUGUUUUGAAUAAUAAUUAUUCAAGGUUUUUGUUUAAUGUUGAUGAUGAUGAUGAAUUGUUGAUUGUUUCACUUUGUUAUUGAAUAUUUACUUUUCACCAAAACUCACAUUAUAAACAGCUAGGACCGACAGUUUUCAAUUAUUGUACGGUAUUUAGCAUGAAAUAUGUUUUUGUCCCUAAGAUUUACAGUAAUUCAGAAUCAGACAUUUUUUGGGACCAUGCAUAUUUCAUUUUGAUCAUUGGUUUGACCUUUUAAAAAAAUGUGUACAGCAGAAAUUAUGAUAUUUUGUUAUUGUUAAUUUUAAGAGAAAAAGUUCCAUGUGAUAUAUGUUUAAUGGCUUAUGUGAUAUAAGUGCCUUAUUUGUUAUAACAUAUGUGGUAUAUGUGUUUUGUAAUAUGUGAUCUUUGUUAUAUGUCAACCAUAGUUGAUGGAAUAUGGAAUAUUCAAACACGUUCUUAAAAAUUCAUAUUAUAGUUCUUCAAGUACAUCAUUUUUUCUGUUGUUUUCAUUGUAUUGUUAAUUCAGUUGCAUUCUCAACCUUUUUUCUUUCUCUCUUGUUUUUUCCAUUUUGCUUGUCAAAACAAUUUUGUUUUGCCUAUCUUCUUAACAACUGCAUGUUCUUCUAACACUGGUGUAGAUAUUAUAUAAAACUAACUGCUAUUGGUGCUUCAUUAUAUUUCUAGAUGAAUGCUAUUAUUUAUAUGACUGAAAUUAUAGAGAAAAUUUCUAUUUUUUUUUUUUUUUUUUUUAAUAUCUAUUUUGCAAGCUUUUUACAAAAUCUUGCUUGGUUCUUUAGUAUAAUAUGAAUGACAAUGAUUUGAAUUCAAGUCUCAUUAAUGUUUUCGUCAUCCAAUUUUUGAUGUUUUGUGAGUCACACUAAAUUAAUUAAUCUAGUUAUAUUUUACGGCUAUUUUAUAAAAUAUAUUCAUCUAUAGUGCAUUUUCUUGGGUACAGUAUUUCAUGGUUUUGUAAGUGCUGCAAGAAUAAGCAUUUUCUUGGGUACAGUAUUUCAUGGUUUUGUAAGUACUGCAAGAAUAAGCAUUUUCUUGGGUACAGUAUUUCAUGGUUUUGUAAGUGCUGCAAGAAUAAGUAAACCAUCAGAAUUCAUAUCUUGACAGUGUAUUAAAGAUAAACUGUCAGCAUUCAACAAUAAGUAUAUAUGGAUAUAAGUAGAUCUGGCUUGAAGGAUUUUCUUAUUUGCUUUAAAGAUGGUUUCAGAUCACCCUGUUGCCUUGUUGACAGUUUACUAAUGUAGAUUCAUUUAUUUUUGUGGGGUACCAGUUUUUAUGGAUUGUUGAAAAAUAGAUUUUCGUGGAUAGUUGAAUUGGUGGUUUUGCAAAAGUCUGCAUACAAGGCGAGUAAAAUUUUGUAAUUCCAUUUUGAACAUUUAAUUUCAUGGUUCACCUUUGUACCCACAAUAUCCACAAAAAUUGGUAUCACGCAAAUAAUAAUGAAUUCAUAAUAUUCCAUUGGCUGAGAUAUUCCUGUCUCAUUCAACCAAAAUAUUAAAUGCAGGCAAGAAUAGAUUUUCAAUCAAUUUUGGAUUUAAACAAGCCUUGUUGAAAACGUGAAUCUCUACUUCAGGUGUAUGGGAUUUCCCAAUCUUGUACUCCUUCAAGGGUAUGAUUCUUAAAAUCCAUAUAUAGACAUGUACAAUAUUGAAUGUAAGUUACAACUCUUUUAAUAAGUGCCAGGAUAUAAGAUUUAGUACUGUGUAUGUAAGAGUGAAAAUUAUAGUCAAAAAUAAAUCUGAGAUAUUAUUAAUAGGAUACUAUUCAAUCAUUUAUAUUCUGUGUAUCAAUAAUACAAUCAGUAGGGCCUAGUUGUAACUUUAACUGCAUAUGUCCUUUUAAAAACUCACCAAAGAUACCAGGCUUAUAAUUUUGUACCUUGAGUUUGACCUCUUAAGGUGGUACCCAACACCUUGACUAAUAUUAAUUUGGCUCGUUUAAUUUUCAUAAAAUUUUGACAAAAUGUUUACUUUGACCCUUUGACAAAAAUAUAAAAAUUUCAAAAAAUUUGAACCAACCACUUUAUCAGAAAAAUUUCUUUGGUUAUAUAGCAAUUUGACAAACACUAAUUUUGAUCAUUGAGAAGCUUAAUAUUUCCUUAACAAUACAACGUAAUUAAAACGUUUAGCUGAUUUUUACAGAGUUAUCUCCCUGUAGUGUUAGGUACCACCUUAAGACUCUUCAAAUGUGAUAUUGUUAAAAGCAACCACCAAUGAUUACUGUAUAUUCAAUAAUACUAAAAUGAUUAUUUUCAAUGGAUUUGCUGGAUAAAGGGUAGCCGCAAAUUUAGGUACAUUUGUUUUCUUUUGAAUUGUUGCAUAUUUUUCAUGUCAGGGCCUUUUAUAGCCAACUAUACAGUAUAGGUUUUUUAUCAUUGUUGAAGUCCGUACAAUUGCCUGUAAUUGCUUACAUUAACUUCAUUUGAACUUUGGUGGAUAGUUGUCCCAUUGGCAAUCAUACCACUUCACCUUAUUUUUAUAUAUUUUAAUGAAGUUACAAGGUCACUGCAUUUGUAUCGUAUACUAUUUAUAUUUCAUUUGACUUUCUAGGAAGGCAUGUAAACAAAGCUUUACAUAUUUUCAUAUUUCAUACAAUUACAUGCUCUGCACACAAUCCUCAUUGAAACAUUUAUUAUUCGUUCUUUAUUAAAAGAGGAGUAAAACUUAUAGAAAGUAUUAUAUCAGAAAUGAAUGAUAAAUCUGGUUAUUAUAUAAAUGAUAAAAGUCCUAAUUAGACUUGUUUUGAUUAAAAAAUAAAAAGAAAUGUUA